AUGCCUACUCCAUUGGGUGAUACACUUCCUUCUUUAACUUCACAUUCCAUUUCUGAUAAUCCUCGGCAUACCCUUUUGCCCGCUCAUCACGAUUACGACCCUCAAUUUCCCUACGCGCAAGAACUAGACGAUUUGUCAAUAGCUACUCCACGUCAUAGAAACACUUCUUCCAAAACCAGACCUCACUCAAUUUCACAUAGCGCAACACAAGCAGAAGAUUCGAAACAUUUACUCGGGGAUCAAGACUCUGCAGACGAAGACGACGUGGAGGAUUUUGAAACGGAUCCUAUGGGUACUCGCUCUCGUAAAGGCCAAGUCCCAGAGCCACUUGGCUCUUCUUCUGCCACAGGAGGCGAAGACUCUCAUCUACAAAACAGCAGUAUGAAUGGCAAUGUCGAGUACCGGCGCAAGAAUGCGAACCUCGACACUUCCGUAGUGACUGCAAAUCUCAUGUCGCGCGAGUCUUUUACCUUGGAUGAAUCUAUACCAAAAACGCCUACCCUCAAUAACCAUGGGUUUUCUGAGUUGCCAAUGCAGGACAAAAAGAACUUUUUACUUUUAGUCCUGUUAUAUUUCUUGCAGGGUGUUCCUAUGGGGCUUGCGACAGGUUCCGUACCAUUCUUACUCAAACCACACAUGUCAUACAGCGCUUUGGGAGUUUUCAGCUUGGCUUCAUAUCCAUAUUCAUUGAAGCUGUUAUGGAGUCCAAUAGUGGAUGCAAUAUGGAGUCCCAAAUUAGGAAGGAGAAAGAGUUGGAUCAUGCCAAUUCAAAUGCUAUCAGGAUUUGGAAUGAUAUGGCUUGGUUCCCAGAUUAAGGACAUGAUGAUUACAGCUGGGGCAAAUGAAGGAGCAGGAAUUUGGGGUUUCACUGGAUGGUGGUUCUUUUUGGUAUUCAUGUGCGCCACACAGGACAUUGCAGUCGAUGGAUGGGCUCUUACCCUGUUAUCACCGGGAAAUAUCUCAUAUGCAUCGACCGCUCAGACUGUGGGUUUGACAGCUGGACAAUUCAUGUCCUUUACCAUUUUCUUAGCUUUCAAUGCCCCAGACUUCGCCAACAAGUGGUUCCGCAAGACUCCUCUUGACGAAGGUGUCAUGACAUUGGCAGGAUACCUCACAUUCUGGGGUUGGACAUACAUAAUUGUGACCAUUGGUCUCGGGCUUUUGAAACGCGAAGAGAAAACUAAGAACGAGGAUGGAAUUUGGGAUGUUUACAAAGUUAUGUGGGGAGUUCUCAAGCUCAAGAAUAUCCAAACAAUCAUUAUUAUCCACUUGAUUGCAAAAAUUGGCUUCCAAGCUAAUGAUGGAGUUACGAAUCUCAAACUUAUAGACAAAGGAUUCAGUCAAGAAGAUAUGGCUUUGACAGUCCUUAUUGACUUCCCUUUCGAGAUUGGGUUGGGCUACUACGCUGGAAAAUGGUCAACAUCAUACACGCCUUUGCGUCUCUGGUGUUGGGGUUUUGUAGGUCGUUUAAUUGCUGCUGUUAUUGCUCAAAUCACGGUUAUAAUUUUUCCAGCAAACGGAGUGGAUACUUGGUAUCUACUUGUCGUUAUUGCCGAACACAUCUUUUCAACAUUUACAAACACUGUUAUGUUCGUUGCCAUCUCAGCUUUCCAUGCUAGAAUUGCGGAUCCCGUCAUUGGCGGAACUUAUAUGACAUUACUCGCUACCGUAUCUAACUUGGGCGGUACAUUCCCACGUUUCUUCGUUCUUAAGCUCGUUGAUUACUUCACAACCGCAAUAUGCAUUCCACCAUCGUCCGACUAUACGCUCGCUGCUGAUCUCAAAGGACCUCUCAUCACAUCGUCCUUCUCCUGCGCUAUGGCUGCUGAGAAAGAUCGAUGUUUGUCUGGAGGAGGCAUAUGUGACAUCGAGAGAGAUGGUUACUAUGUUGUGAAUAUUAUAUGUAUCAUUUUUGGAGCUGUAACAUUUUUCGCUUAUAUCAAACCAGCGGCUCUAAAGUUACAAGCUCUACCUUUGAGAGCGUGGAGAAUUAGUGAAGGUAGUGCCUAA